AUGUCGUCAAACUCGCAUAGUUAUACGAUUGAUAAUAUUGUGAGUCUAUGGAAAAUAGACGGAUCAAUUAAAUUAGAUAUCGAUAAUUCUAAGCGUAAAAAGAAAUUCAAUGCCCAAGUGAUUCGUAAAAGUGGGGUUUUCUUAGUUUUCGCGUCGGGAAAAGUCAUAGCUACAGGCUUUAAAGAUGUAACUAAAGCCGGAGCAACAUUACAAGAAAUUUAUCCAGACAACAAAGUUAGCUUUGUCAAAGUUGUUAACAUUACUGCUCACAGCUUUGUACCAUAUACAUUCAACAUAAGAGAACUGAUAGACUCUUAUGAUGAUACAACAUACGAACCUGAGAUUUAUCCAGCAGUUUACAUCAAGCUUAAUGGAUUAACAUUGAUAUAUUACUCAACCGGGUCUAUCAUAAUAACAGGAGCUAAAGAGCUGCCUCAGAUAGAUGAUGCGCUUGCGCAAUUCUCUCGAAGGACAGUCCAGAUGGGGAUAUAA